AUGGAAACUACGCCAUCCUCCGUCCUUAUCAUAGGCUCUGGUGUCUUUGGCCUCAGCACCGCCUGGGCAAUCACAAAAAGGACGCAAUUUGCCAAGACCUCCAUUACAAUCGUCGACAACACUGCCAACGGUUCAUUCCCGCCAGAUGACUGCGCCAGUGUCGACUCCUCGAGAAUCAUACGAGCCGAUUACGCAGACCCUCACUACACCGCCUUUGCGACAGAGGCUCAGAAGGAAUGGAGGAAGCGAGGUGACGACGAUCUGGGGGGCCAAGGCCGUUAUACCGAGUCAGGGUUUGUUCUGACGGCCUAUGAACCCAACGAAAUCAAACCCGGGACAAAGUCUGGCAUGGAUUAUACCAGGGAGAGUUGGAAGAAUUGCGUCGACGUUGCUGCCAAGGACGGAUACCCGGCAGGCAGAAUCAAGACUCUGGAGAACACCAAGGCUCUGAAUGAUUGCCUGGGGACCGAUACAUACCCUGGUGAUUGGGGUUAUCUAAACACCUUGUCCGGCUGGGCUGAUGCUGGACGGGGGAUGGAAUGGCUCUACCAACGGGUAAAGGCGACGGGACGGGCGGAUUUUGUCAGCGCAAAAGUCGACUACCUGGUAACUGAAGGCGACAGGGUCAUUGGCGCAAGGGUGACGGACAGUAGACUCGUCACUGGUGACGUUGUUCUUGUUGCUGCCGGAGCCUGGACGGGAUCUCUGGUCGACUUGAGAGGCCGAGUUGAGGCCACGGGCCAUGUGCUGGGGUAUGUUGACAUUAGCGACGAAGAACUCGCCCUGCUCUCCAGACAGCCCGUUGUUUUGAACCUUUCCUCUGGGCUGUUCAUCAUCCCACCACAAGAGAGGACUCUGAAAGUCGCACGGCACAGCUUUGGCUACCUGAACCCGGUCGUGGUCCACAAUGCCUUGCCGCCGUCACCAUCAUAUGAGAGACGUUCUUUUAUUACGUCUAGACCGUCAACAACUAGGGACGGCGUUCUUGCCCGCCUGCCAGACGAGGCGGAUGCUGACCUGCGACGCGGACUUGCCAAACUCUCUCCUGUCAAAGGUCUUGAAACCAGACCUUGGAAGGAAACGAGGCUAUGUUGGUAUUCUGAUACCAAGGAUGGUGAUUGGCUAGUUGACUGGCAUCCUGGAUGGAAGGGUCUGUUUAUUGCUACAGGGGAUAGUGGCCAUGGAUACAAAUUCUUGCCGCUCUUAGGCGACAAAGUGCUGGAUUGUAUGCAGGGCCAAGGGGGGGCGCUCGGCGACAAAUGGAAGUGGAAGGAUAUCGAUGACGAGACCGUUGGAAAGGAAACGAAUGGCAAAUUCAAGGGCCUCACCACGAUGGAUGGAAGUCGUGGGGGGGAUCCCGGGAUGGUGCUGGAGGAGGAGUUGAGGAAGAAAUCUGCUGUCAAGGUGGCAAAGCUAUAG